GACGUCAAGCCCGAGGGCCGACGUGGGAGCCAGCGCGGCGGGCCGGAAGCGGGCGUGACGCCACUUCCGGCGGGGAGCUGGCGGCGGAGGAGGCGGCGGCGGCGGAGCGGGGCCGGGGGCGGCCGCAGGUGUCGGCCGGCAGCGAUGUCGUUCCUGCUCGAGUGGCUGUACAACGGCUUCAGCAGCGUGCUGCAGUUCCUGGGGCUGUACAAGAAGUCUGGCAAGCUCGUCUUCCUGGGCCUGGACAACGCCGGCAAAACCACCCUGCUGCACAUGCUCAAGGACGACCGGCUGGGCCAGCACGUCCCCACGCUGCACCCAACAUCAGAGGAGCUGACGAUUGCUGGAAUGACCUUCACGACUUUUGACCUGGGUGGGCACGAGCAAGCCCGCCGCGUGUGGAAGAACUACCUGCCGGCCAUCAACGGCAUCGUCUUCCUGGUGGACUGCGCCGACCACUCCCGGCUCAUGGAAUCCAAAGUUGAGCUGAACGCGCUCAUGACAGACGAAACAAUAUCCAACGUGCCAAUCCUCAUCCUGGGUAACAAAAUCGACAGACCAGAGGCCAUCAGCGAGGAGAAGCUGCGGGAGAUCUUCGGGCUUUACGGACAGACCACGGGAAAGGGAAACGUGCCACUGAAGGACCUGAACACGCGCCCCAUGGAGGUGUUCAUGUGCAGCGUGCUGAAGCGGCAGGGCUACGGCGAGGGCUUCCGCUGGCUAUCGCAGUACAUUGACUGACGCAGAGCGCGGGGCUCCUCCGGACUGAUCCCGUUCGUGGCUUCCCGCGGGCUUCCCGAGGCCGCGGCAAGCUUUCCAAACGCGUACUGGCAUUGACCGAGAGACUCCUGGCUGCACCCGCCCCGCCGCACAGUGGUGACACGCAGCUCUUUUCCCCUGCCCGGCGGGGAGGCGGCGCGGCCCCGCACGUCGUCCCUGCGGGAGCUCCCGGUCACAACGGGGCUGGCGGGGCCGGGGCGAUGCGCUGCCGCGCGCCGCGCCGCUGAAAAAGAGCGAGAUCUCACCACUGUGGUCAAUUGACUUAAAGAACAACACGGAAAACAAAGCAAUUAUAUUUUUUAAAGAAAUCGUUCACGUAAACGGCGUCCCUUCUAACUUUUUAGUUUAACAUUCAUCCUGUUUAGUCCAGAGUCCGUUUAGGGUUGUUUUUUUUGUUGUUUUUUUUUUUUUUUUUUAAUAUAUUUAACGAUAUUAUUUAGAUCUUUCGCAAAUUGCCGAACAAAGCAUCAUGGUAUUAGAAGUCCUCAACAAACCUAGCAUUCGGGCUGUGAGCCGAGGGCACCGUGGGGACGGCGGCCGAGCUGGCGCGAGGCACCGGGAUUUCAUUUCCAGCGGGGAGGCGAGAGCCGCGGAGCCGUUCUCGGUGCCCGUAGCAUGGAGGUGUCUGACAUUUGCAUAUCAUAAGGUGGUUAAUGUAGGCUUAAACAGGUUUCUUUUAUACUCUUCUUUUUUUUUUUUUUUUUUUGUCGGAAGUUUCAUGGCUGUCUAGCGCUCACGUUCAGUUCAAUAAAGACGUGUCUUUCUCCUC